UGGGGAACGUGCGCGCAGCUGAGUUUUCUGUAUUCGACAGGAAAAGAUGGCAGCGUCCCUGUGCCGAGUCGGGAGCGCUGUGGGUCAAGCCCUCGCCAAAUCCCGUAGCCCCAUCCUGCUGUCUCUGCGGCGUGGUCAGGCUACGGUGACCUACGCCCAGAGCCUUCUGGGAGCUCCUGAUACCCGUCUCACUGCCCUGGACAAUGGCCUGAGGAUCGCAUCGGAGGAGACCGGACACAGCACAUGCACUGUUGGGCUGUGGAUCGGCUGUGGAAGUCGCUAUGAGACUGAGAAGAACAAUGGAGCUGGGUUCUUCCUGGAGCACAUGGCUUUCAAGGGGACAAAGAAGCACACCCAGAUGGCCCUGGAGCAGCAGGUGGAGUCCAUGGGUGCUCACCUGAGUGCAUACACUUCCCGGGAGCACACUGCCUACUACAUGAAGACCCUGGCCAAAGACCUGCCAAAAGCGGUGGAGCUGUUGUCAGAGGUAGUGCAGAGCAAUGCCCUGAACGAGGCUGACAUAGAGCAGCAGAGGAGUGUGGUGCUGAGAGAGCUGGAGGAGGUGGAGGGCAGUCUACAGGACGUCUGUUUGGACCUGCUGCAUGCCACAGCUUUUCAGGGUACCCCCCUGGGACACAGUGUGCUGGGACCGUCCCAAAACGCCAGGACUUUGAGUCGACAGGAUCUGGUAGAUUUCAUCAGGAGCCACUACAAGGCCCCCCGCAUGGUGCUGGCAGCUGCUGGAGGUGUGACUCAUGAGGAACUGGUUGGGUUGGCCAAACAGCACUUUAGCGGGAUUUCCUUUGAGUACGAGGAUGAUGCCGUGCCUGUUCUGUCCCCCUGCCGCUUCUCUGGCAGCGAGAUCCGCAUGCGUGAUGAUGAUAUGCCCCUUGCACAUAUUGCUAUCGCAGUGGAGGGGGCCAGUGCCGCCAGCCCAGACAUUGUGCCUCUAAUGGUGGCCAACUCCAUCAUUGGCAGCUAUGACAUCACUUUUGGUGGUGGAAAGCACCUGAGCAGCCGYCUGGCUCGUCUAGCCUCAGAGGAGAGUCUGUGCCACAGCUUUCAGGCCUUCCACUCAUCCUACAGCGACACUGGUCUGCUGGGCAUCUACUUUGUCACUGACAAACACCACAUCGAUGACAUGAUGCACUGGUCACAGAACGCAUGGAUGAACUUGUGCACCACAGUGACAGAGAGUGAUGUUGCCAGAGCCAAAAACGCCCUCAAGGCCAGCCUGGUGGGACAGCUCGACGGAACGACACCGAUAUGUGAUGACAUCGGSAGGCAUGUCCUGAACUAUGGCCGCCGUAUCCCCCUGGCUGAGUGGGACGCCCGCAUCGAUGCUGUGACGCCCAGGAUGGUGCGUGACGUCUGCUCCAAAUAUAUCUAUGACAAGUGUCCCGCUGUGUCUGCUGUUGGCCCCGUUGAGCAGCUGCCUGACUACAACAGAAUGCGCAGUGCCAUGUACUGGCUCCGCUUCUAAGAACCCAAUAGUGUUGCUCUCUGCGUGUUCCUUUCACUCUGAGGACUGCCUCAGCUCAUCAGCACAGAUCUGCAUCGGCUCCAUCAAAGGUCCCUCUCCUCCAUCUCUCGCUCUAUUCCUGCUAUGUUAGUUUUAGUUGGUUAUGAGGGAGAGAACCACUGUUGAGGGGGUGAAUAAGUUCUGAGUGUUCUGUUUCCCUGUAAUUAUCAAUAAUUACCUCUCGAGAAAGAUUGUAAUACUGAAGAWUUUUGUUAAUGUCACUGAGCCUUUUCAUGCACCUGGUACUGUUCUGGGGAAGAGAGGGGAACACCUGAAGACAUUCAGUGAUAAAUACAUAUACAGUAAAAUCAGGGCACUGUACAACCAGUUAAUGUAGAGCAAAAGUAUUUAUGAAUUGAUGUAGUAUUUUGUUUCUGUCCUAUUGUACAUAACAGAAGCUCUCAUUCCGACAAAUUAAAAUAAAACAUUGUAAAACA